AUGGCUAAAUCAAAUGCCGAAAGGCAAAAACUUUAUCGUAUGAAUUUAUCAAAAAACAAGUCAAAAUUCGAUGAUAUGAAACGAAAAUCUCGCAUUCGAGAUAAUACAAGACGACAAAAUUUAAAAGGUGAUUUAUUAGAACAAAUACGUACUCGACAAAAGCAAGCAUCGAAAAAAUAUCGUGAGAAAAUAAAGUUAGAACGUUCUAAUGCUCAACAAUCUUCAUAUAAUUGUCGUCAAUCGUUAGGAAAAGCUGUUAAACGUGCUGUUCAAGCAUUACCGAAAGAUAAUAAUAAACGUUUAAUAGUAGUGCAACAUAUUGCACGUGAUCUUAAUAUUAUUUCAAAGCCUGCUGAUAAACAAGUACGUCAACAACGUUCAUUGUCUGUUGACCUGAAAGAUUUGGUUAUUGAAUUCUAUAAUCGAGAUGACAUCAGUUAUACAUUACCAGGAAAACGUGAUUAUAUUACUAUUAAAGAUGAAAAUGGUAUGUUGAUUACAUUACAAAAACGAAUUUUAUUAUACAAUGUACGUGAAACAUAUCAAUUAUUUUUAAGUGAGUAUGCCAAUAAUAAUAUCAGCUUAUCGUUGACUUCGUUCAAUGAAUUACGUCCAAAGAAUAUGUUGAUAAAUUCGCGUAUGCCUCACCGUAGCUGCUUAUGCCAAUACCACGAAAAUGUGAAUUUGUUAUUAAUAUCAUUAUCAAAAUAUAUUCCAUUAUGUGUUGCUUUAAACUCUCUUCAAGAAUUUACAUCAAUGUUAGUUUGUGAUGAACAAGAUGAAAAAUGUAUGUUUAGUCAUUGUCAGUUAUGUUCUGACAACUUUGAUAAUAAUGUUAUGAAAUAUAUUACUAAUCCAGCGAAACAUAUUAAGUGGUUUCAAUGGGUUUAUGAAGAAGGUAAAACAGUAAAAAAUGAAUUUAGUGGUACAAUCAAUCAAUGUGUAAAACUUUUAAAAGAAAAGGUUCAAGUCUUCUUAAACCAUGUUUUUAUUAAACGACAACAAGCUGCAUUCUUUGAACAAAUGAAAGUUUCAUCGAAUAAAGAAAUUAUUUGUAUACAAGUUGAUUUUAGUGAGAAUUUCCGUUUAGAAACUCAAGAUGCGGUUCAAAAUGCUUAUUAUGGUCAAGAUGCUGUUUCACUGUUUACUUGUUACGUUUGGCAUUCAGGUGGUAAUGGACAAUCGUUUGUUUAUGUUUCUAGUGACUUAAGUCAUGAUAAAUACUGUGUCAAUGCCGCACUUAAUGAUUUAUUCAAACGAUUAAGCCAACAAUUUCGUGAUUUACAACAAAUUCAUAUAUUUUCAGAUGGAGCAGGCCAACAGUUUAAACAAAAGUUUCUAUUUAGAAAUCUUUGUCGUUUGUCACAGAAGUAUAAGGUGGAUUUAUACUGGCAUUACUUUGCAACGUCCCACGGCAAAGGAGUUGUGGAUGCCGUGGGUGGAUCAUUGAAACGCGUUGUUUUUCGUGGAAUUAUGGGUGGGCGAAGAUGUACAUCAGCAAAAGAUUUUGUAGAAAUUGCUCGAUCAAAGACAGAUACAAUUAUCGUGAUCGAACUGACACAAGAUUAUAUUGCUGAAUCGAAACUCCAAGUCGAACAACUAUUUCUAUCAAUUAAAAGCGUUCCAGAAACGAAAAAAAUUCAUUCAGUAAAAGCUAUCAAUGAUAAAUCAAUUGAAUAUAAAUAUUAUUCAAGCAGCUCGACGAAAAAAAUUUAUCAAUUUGCUAUAUAA